AUGGCAUUCAGCUGCCAAACAUGUGCGCGGCGCAAGGUGAAGUGCGACAAGGCGGCGCCGACGUGCGCGCGCUGCCGCAAGAGCAACGCCGGGUGCGUCUAUGAGGCCCCCAGGCCGCGGAAGCGGAGACUGAGCAGCGACGACGCGCUCGACCGCCUGGCCCGCUACGAGCGGGUCUUGCGCCGGCACGGCCUUCUAGAGGAGGCCCACGCCGACACGGUCCCCACAGAAGAGCCGGUCUCUCUGCUCUGGGACGAGCCGGAAACGCCGGGCAACGGCGGGAAGCUCCUUUCCGCACCGGGAAAGUCGCGGUACCUUAGCAGCAAGCUAUGGCAGAACCUAGAAUGCGAAGAGGUGCAGGGCUUGUCCGACACCGAGACCGAGGAGGACGAUCCGGCCACACCAGAUCCGUUAACCGGCGCCUUCUUGGGCGGGCCGCAGCGCAGUCUGCUCCAGUACCACCCAACACACGAGCAGGCCAUGGUGCUGUGGGCAACGUACGCCGAGCGGGUCGAGCCGCUCUGCAAAAUCCUGCACAUCCCGUCUACCGCCAGGCUGGUCGAGACGGUGUCACAGCAGCCAGCCGCGGCGUCCAAGACCGACGAGUGCCUGCUCUUCGCCAUCUACUACUUCGCCGUCUUCUCCCUGACCGACGAGGAAUGCGCCGCGGCGCUCGGCCGGCCCCGCAGCGUCCUACUGCCCCUCUACCAGUCCGCGGCGCGCCAGGCCCUCGUCAACGCGUCCUUCCUGAAGACGACCUCGCUCACGGUCCUCCAGUCGCUCGUGCUCCUGCUGCUCGCCUCGCAGCACUCAUACAGCGCGCACACGUUCUGGAUCCUCACCGGCGCGGCCGUGCGCAUCGCCCUGCGCAUGGGCCUGCACCGCGACGGCGAGUCCUCCGCCGGCGGCACCACCUCUUCCGCCGCCGCGGAGGCGAAGCUGUCGCCGUUCGACGUCGAGAUGCGCCGCCGGCUCUUCUACCAGCUGCUCCCGCUCGACGCGCGCGCGGGGCAGGCCGCGGGCGCGGGCGUCGCGGCACUGCCGCCUGACGCGUGGGACACGCGGCCGCCGCGGAACGUGGACGACGCGCAGCUGUGGCCGGGCAUGGCGGCGCCGCCGGCCGAGCAGCGGCGCGGCGCCACCGAGAUGGUGUUCUGCCUGUCGCGCGCCUGGCUGGGCAGCUUCUUCGCCCGGCGGGGGGCGCGGGCGGCGGCGGCGGCGGCAGCGGCGGUGCGGCAGCCGUGGAUGUUUGCGGAUGUGCGCGAGGCGGAUCGGGCGAUUGACGAGGCCGAGGCCGGGGUCGAGGAGCGGUUCAUCCGCUACUGCGACGUCGUCGACCCGCUGCAUUUCCUGACCGUCUGUGUCGCCAGGGCCGGCAUUGCUGCCUGCCGGCUGAGGGUGCGGCUGCCCCGGGCCAGGAGCGAGGCCGCUACCGAGGAGGAGAGGAGGGAGGCCUGGCAGCUCGCGCUGAAGAUCCUGGACGCGGAUGCGGCGGUGUGCUUGCACGCGGGCUUGCGGAAGUACCGAUGGCGCCGAGACUUCCUCUCAGCUGCAGAAAUUGACGCCGCGUGGGACAGGAUCGAGCAUCAGUACGGCAACCACGACGAGCUUGCCCAGUCUUGGCGGCCCCUAUACUUGGCGCUGGGGCGUUUGGCCUUGAAGGCGUGGGAUGCCAACCCGCCGACAAGGGGGAAGAGUGGCGCGCCGGAGCCAGGAUUCAUCGCGGCCUUGCGUUCGGCCUGCACCAGGAAGAAGCAACGCAAAGAGGGCUGGGGCCAGAACGGGGAAGAUACGGACACCACGCCGGGCCUGGCCCUGGAUAAAAGUAUCGGCGCCACCGACUUCGACCUCAGCAGCAGCUUUGACGUAGCCGGCGUAGACUGGGUGUUCUGGCCCGAGCUUAUCCAGGACGGCCACUACCCAGCGGGUCACCAAAGCGGGGAUCUUUCCUUCUCGCCAUGA